AUCUUGUUUCUUGGAUUGAUCCAGGGUUUCAGGAAAACAGAUACAGAUCGCUGGGAAUUUGCAAAUGAGGCCUUCAUCAAAGGCCAGAAGCAUUUACUGAAAAACAUCACUCGAAGAAAGCAGCCUAAUGGUGUAGUGCAAAGAAAAUCUUCUCAAAAAACUUCUCAACUGAAAGAGACAGAUAAUUCUCUUGCACCUGAAGAAGACAAGAGAGUUGCACUGUGGAAGGAAGUCGAAAAUCUAAAGACCGAUAAGAAUGCUCUCAUGCAGGAGCUGAAAAAACUAAGGCAACAGCAGCAGACCUCACAGAGUAAGUUAUUACUCUUGAGAGAACAACUUAAAGGUAUGGAGAAGAACCAACAGCAGAUGCUUUCUUUCAUAGUGAUGGUUAUGCAAAAUCCUGGAUUUCUGGUCCAGUUAUUACAGCCAAAAGAAAAUACCUGGCGAAUGCCUGAAUCUGGAAAAAAUGUACUGAGUGAAGAUAUGGAUGAUUGUAAACCGGCUCCUUCUGAUGGAAUGAUAGUUAGGUAUCAGCCACCAACAAAUGGAGACUUGGUGCCUGCAUCUACCAUGCCAUUGUUAAAUUUUGAAGACAUAAUGGAAUUUGAUCUUUCUUCCGAGGAAAUGAGAGAUCUUCUUGGAGAUGUCGAUCUUUUGUCGGGAUCAUUGGAUGAAAAACACCACCCUUAUGAAAAUUAUGGCCAGCUUAUUCUUCCAGAUAUAUCUGGUGAUGAUAUGCUCGAGCAACUUCUUUUAUCCAGUCCAUCGAUAGAAAAUGAACAAGCUGCCAAGCUUGAUGAGGACAACAAUGAAUGUCAAAAUAAGAACGUGGAUUCUUCAGGGUUUCAAAACCUACUUGAUAACUCUGAGAGCAUGGAAGUUUUAACUAAACAAAUGGGAUUUCUAAAUUCAGAGAGCAGCCAACGAUUUUGAUGUUUACUUUAAGCCACAAGCCAUUGCCAAGGAAUGUCAUUUUUGGAAGAUUUGCAAUACAUUUUGGUGUCUUUUGAAAGGCUGGACAACAGGCAUUUUGGCGUUAAUGAAUCCAAUUAUGCUUGGUUAUUUGUCCAUGUGAGUAUUAAGUUUCUAUUCUGACUAAUUUUCGUCAUAUAGAAUGCAUGAAAAAAACCAACACAACUAAUGGAGAUUGAGUAG